GGCCUGUUCCUACAGCAGCUGCCUGAAUCCACACUAACAGCUCACAGGAGACACCAUACAUCUGCAGGCGUAUUGUGUCAUUGUCGCCUCACGGUGUUCCUGUGGGGGAGGGAGGCAAGCGAUUCGCGGAUUCGCACCCAUUCCUCCUGCUGAGACGUGACACAGUUAAAAAGAGGAAAACAGAAAUGACAUCACGUGUUGAGUGCAUGCUCGACUCAUCCCUCCAUAUUAUACAGCAAAGACAACACAGGACAAAAGCACUGGAGUCCAUGAGCCAGCAUGCUGGUAGACUUCCCCCGUUCCCCACGCUGGUCUCUAAUCUGCAUGCAGACAACUUCUGUGUGGAUAUUUGGAUUUCCUCACCAUAGCAACAGAGCUGCGAAACCGUGCUGUACAACCUCUCAUCAGACAGAGUCGUGCCUGAGCAUCGUACAGCGCGCGGGAGCCAGACCAAAGGAAGACAAGAAGAGGAAAAAGAGAGCGGUGAAGAGGACACCGCUGCACCUCAUUCUCUGUGGGAAUUCUCCUCAUUAGGACCAUGACAGCUCAGUUACAACGGCUCCGAAGUGCCAAGGGUCAUGUUCACAGCCGCCAGUCAAGCAGUCAUUCCAGCGCUCAGCUGAGAGACAAAUGGAGGGAUGCAACAAUUUUACUCUUUGCUCACCAUGACCGAGCCUCUCUAUGCUGAAUCCUUUUGUGUCAGACUGCCAGGAUUCGACCAAGCGCGGGUUAAUUGCGAGAGAGCGGCUGGAAGAGCCCCCUCCUCUUCCACGCUGCCAAUCUGUCCGUGCCUCCGAUUUUCCACUCAUUCUGCCUUUCUGGUCUCUGUUUACCUCUGUCUGCUGAUUUCUCCACCCCUUUCCCUCUGUCUCUCAUGCUUUGGCACUCCCUCCCACAGCUCGCUAUCUCUCCUCCCCUCGUGCCUUCAAAGCCAGCAGUCUGCUCCUCACUCCAGGGCUGCUUGCUACAUGAUCUCUCGGAAAACAGCGUGCACGUCUUUCUCGAGCAGCUCCAUGUGCAAGUCUUGAGAUUUCUUGCCCAGGACGGCAGGAUGCUCCUGCGCUGGCACUGAUUCCUCUAUUUCUCUUCUCGACUUCCCCUUCCCCUCCCCUUUCCUCAUCUCCUGCCCUCUGACCCUCAUCCCCUUCACCCCUGACCCUAUUUCCUCUCUUUUCCAUUUCUUUAUUGACCAUGUUGCCAUGUGUCUACCGGCUCCAGCCUGUCCUCACCUUGCUCUCCUUCACUUUGUUGACUCAAGGGGAAAACUGUCCAGCCAUUUGCCUUUGCCCAGACCCUCACACUGUGGACUGUAGUGGGCGCGGACUUACCCGUCUUCCAGACGAGAUCCCCUUGGAUGUGCGGAGGCUGCUUUUGGCGGACAACUGGAUCCCCCGGAUUCCUUCGGACUUCCUUGUGCUUUACAGCGACCUGGUCUACUUGGACCUUCGCAACAACUCACUUUCAAACAUUGAGCCAGGGACUCUUAGCACUUCCUCCAGGCUGGUUUUUCUGGACCUCGGCUGCAACAACCUGACGGAGAUCCCCAAAGGGACUUUUGGAGAGUCAAGAAGCCUAAUUAAGUUGCGCUUGGGCAACAACCCAUACUUGAGCAUGGUGAAUGAAGAUGCUUUCAUGGGUCUUACUUCUUUGCGUGAACUAGAACUAGAACGAAAUGCCCUGUCCGGGUUACAGGUGGGCGCCCUGAGCCAGCUGCCCUCCCUUCGGGUAGUAAGGUUAGAGGGCAACCCUUGGGUGUGCAACUGCAAUUUUGCCAACCUGUUCACUUGGCUGGAGGAAAACAGUCACAAGCUUCCCAAUGGUAUAGAUGGUAUGGAGUGCUCUUUGCCCACGGAUGGACGCCGCGUGCCUCUAAGCCAACUCUCCCAGGACAGUUUUCGGGAGUGCCAGAUCACCCUCACUCUCACCGAUUUCCUCAUCAUCAUCUUCUCGGGCAUCUCCGUCUCUGUGGCCGCCAUCAUGGCCAGCUUCUUCCUGGCAUCCACCGUCCACUGUUUCCAGCGCUGGAGCAAGGGCACUAAAGGAGAUGAGGAGGAAAGUGAAGAAUGAGGCAUGAGAAUGACCUUCAGUGUGAUUCAGAGCUGCCAGAUCUUGACACGAGUUCAACAAACAGCACGAGUGAACGGACACCAGGUAGAACUUGAGCAGAAAUAGCCUGAGUGCUAAUAAAUAUGGACGCGGUUCCCUCACAAUCAAAGGAUAGCAAGCCUUAGUAUGCACAACUUCCAGGGAUUUACGUGUUAAAGGAAAUUCCUCGAGAUCUUGUCCUGCAGUAUAGAGUUCUCAGUGUUGUUGUCUGUAGAGUUUCUUCCUUUGUGUAGUCAAUAUAAAGUUAGCGAAUUAAACCGUGCUACUUGU